AUGGCACUUAAGAAGGAACCGGCGAAGUACGAAGCGGGUGAGAAAGUGCUCUGUUUUCAUGGUCCACUGCUAUAUCAAGCCAAGAUUUUGGACGUAAAGGUGGAGGAAGAAGAGUACCAGUACUUUGUUCAUUACCAGGGUUGGAACAAAAAUUGGGAUGAGUGGGUUAAGGAGGAACGCAUGUUCAAGUACGACGCGGAGGGGUUGAGAAUGCAGAAAGACGUUGAGAAGAUAGCAAUGUCUGGGAAGAAGUUAAAGGUUCUGCGAAAGUCGGAUCUGAAGAAGCAGCCCUAUCCUCCCCCUGAGGUUAUUGAACAUAUUGGAAUAGCCAUGGAAGCGGCUAGUGAAGGUCCCGAGAGCCCCAAGCCAGAAGAGCCCGAGGCUCCAGACACCUCGGAUUCCGAUUUUCAGGCUCCAGCACCUCCCGUCAAGACAGAAGGAGACCCAGCCCAACUUUUGCCCCCGCCGAAAGCUCCACCGAAUACCAGUGGCAGCAGUAGUCGCAAACGUCGAGCUCGCUCGAUCGCCAGUAUUACUGGUGAAACUGAGGAGGGUUUCCUGAAACGAACGCAAAUUAAAGUUGAACUAACAGAUACGCUCAAAGCCUGGCUUGUUGAUGACUGGGAUCUCACCACCAAACAGUCUCGGCUGGUUAGCCUGCCCGCACGUAUACCGAUAGCCCGUGUGUUUGAUGACUACUUAGAACAAAGUAAGUCACAACACUCCAACAGCACCACCACGCAAUCUCCCUUCACCGUAACGCAAGAAUUCCGACGUGAAUUCGUUAACGGCUUGAAAGUUAACUUCAAUUUUAUUCUGGGUUCUCAACUCCUGUACAAAUUUGAGCGGCCGCAAUACGCCGAACUGUUGAAAUCGCAUGCAAGCUUGGAGAUGGUGGAUCUCUACAGCCCGAUGCAUCUACUUCGGUUGCUCGUCCGUCUGAGGGAUCUAAUCACAUUCAUCAAGGCUGAUCCAACCAGUGUGAGCCUAUUGGAGGCAGUAACUGCUGACUUUGUUGCAUUUUUGGACAAAAAUAACGAGGAGUACUUCAAGUUGGAGGACUAUAUCAGCGCUACUCCUGAUUAUUUGCGUGCUGCCAUGUGCUGA